AUGGGUAAAGCCGUUAUUUGUUUGUUUGGUUGGUUGGGGGCUCAAACGGUUUUGUGGUUUAUCGUCUUCACAAAAGAACGAAAGGACACAUUCUUACUUCCACCACCUCAAACGGGAAAAACAACUGCAGAAUUAGCAGUAAAAGUAAUAUCAUUCUUUCUCGGCGGGAAAAGAGCCAGUAAACAUGGAGUCUUCAAUUUUAAAUUGAUUUUUGUAAAAUAUGCCACGCAACUACACGGCAAAAUCAUUCGUACCAUCAUGCUCGAGGAUGAUCACGCUUGA